UAAUGUUCAGAGACGAACAGGAAGUGACCUCUGCUCUCAGCUGUUCCUGAAAGGAGAAACUCUCACACAAACUGAAACUUUUGCAGGAGAACCGGUUCUGUGAAGAACUGGUUCUGUGACGGAACCAGAACCGAUGAGAACCUGCUGCUGGUCGUUGCCGACCGAGGAAGAUGAAGCUGGAGCUGAAGAUCCAGCUGCUCAGAUUCUGCUCGGUUCUUUUAAACGCCAUCUUCCUGGUUCUGGGUCUGAGUGUCAUCAGCUGUGGCAUCUGGGUUCUGUUUGACAAAGGAAGCUUCCUGACCAUCCUCUCGUCCGUGGAGUUGCGUACGGUGGCGAUGGGGCUGUUGAUGAUUGGAGGAGUAGUUACAGCAGUUAGUGUUGUUGGAUGUGUUGGAGCUGAUGGAGAGCACAGACUCCUUCUACUGAUCUACCUGGGCUUCCUCGUCAUCCUGGUGCUGGGUCAGCUGUUCGUCACACUGCUGCUGCUCCUCAACAGAAACAAGAUUGAACAGAGCCUGGACGCAGCAGUGGAUCAGAUCAUCUUGAUCUAUGACGGCAGCAGCUCUGACGACUCACUGAUGGACAACGUGCAGCAUCAUGGGAAGUGCUGUGGCAGGAUGGGGCCUGCCGAUUGGCUGAAGAACUCUCACAUCCUCAGUCUGAACCUGACUGGUCCACACAUUCUGCCCUGUUCCUGUUUCCGCUCGUUUCACGCCGGCGUGAACUCGUCCUGGUGCUACGAGCAGCUGAACGUCAUGCGGCCGCUGUACGGACCAGGAAACAGCUCAUAUGUUCAGGGCUGUAAACAGACGCUCAGUGAUUGGCUGCAGGAGAAUGCUGUGACCGUCGUCGCCAUGGUCGUUGGCCUCCUGCUUGUCCAGCUGGUACAGUUUGGGGUCAUGGUCGACCUUUAUCGUGCUUUUGGAAGAAAAUCAUCUUUGAAAAGAUCCAAACAGCUGCCUGGUCCUGGUCCUGGUCCUGGUCCUGGUCCUGGUCUAGGUCCUGGUCUUCUCCUUCAUAGACUAGAAUAAUACAUAUGAUACUGUUAUAAUCAUACUUUUAUCGGACAACUUUAAUUAAUGUGCAGAUUAAAUAAACAAGUGAUGAAUGAUGAUGUCA